UUGCCAGCAGUGUUAGGCACUGUAGAAGGAAUCUACAGUGUGGAAUGAUAUGGCUGGAAGACCUUCCUGUAGAUCAAAAUAAACUAGGAUUAAUCAUUGAUCCACAAGACUCCAAAGUAUUAACCUGUUUACUUUACAUUACUACAAGAAAAGAAAGCAGUCAGGCUAGAAAGCAGCAAUGGGCUGGCUCUGGUCCAAGUAGGCUGUCUAUAGGUGAAUUUACGCAAUAACAAAGCUCGACUAUUUCAGAUUUCAAAGCACUGACAAGCACUUCUCAUUCGCAAGAAUCGUCACCCGGGAAAUUUAGCAAAAUGGCUGACCUGAUGAACAAUGAUGUGUUCCUGGCCUUCUCUACAUAUGCCACUAUUGUAGUCCUCAAAAUGAUGUUCAUGGCCCCUCUGACUGGAUACUUCAGAAUAACCAGAAAGGCUUUUUCAAACUGGGAGGACACUGCGAUGGGCAAAAAAGAUCCAGAGGAGAGAAAAAAGAUGCUCCAGACCAAUCCUGAUGUAGAACGUGUCCGAAGGUGCCAUCAAAAUGACCUGGAAAACAUCAUUCCUUUUGUGGUGAUUGGUCUACUGUAUGCAUUCACGAGGCCGGAUCUCUCCACGGCUCUGCUGCACUUCCGAGUGUUUGUGGGGUCACGUUUCAUCCACACUGUAUCUUACGUUUUGGCUUUGCCCCAGCCUAGCAGAGGUCUGUCCUGGGUGGUGGGCAUGAUCACAACUUUCUCAAUGGCCUACAGGGUGCUCACCACAGCACUGCUUCUCUAAAGACACUAUAGCACUGCAGAACGGGAGAGGCCUGUUUUAUAUCAUUUAUUGUCCCUGGUGUUAUCUUUUUUAUGUAUGUAAUUCAUAAUAAAAUCGGUCAAAAAGUCACCAGUAUACAGGUAUUUACACAUGAGUCUGUGAAUGUGCUGUUUGUAAUUUCACUGUCUCAACUAACAAAUGUUUGUUAACAGUCAACAAGUCGUUAUCACAAUGACUCAGCAUUAAAAAGAGGGUUGCUAUCAAUGCCAA